AGGCGUGUUGUGGCUGCCCAGUGUGGAUGUGGGGGGCUGGGUAAGUCAGAGGAUCUUCUCCAGAACCUGUUAUUGUGGGCCUGGUUAAAACAGCAAUUUGUAGAUCCAUCCCAGGAUGGGUGGAGCCCUUGGAGGGGGAGGGGAGAGUCACUCUAACUGUCGACCUCUCUUCCAUGGCUUUAUCCAGGUGGUCCUGGAGAAGGAGCUUUUGCUGGGAGUGUCUUGCUGAUUCUGACUUUCAGUUUGAUAUCUCUAUCUGUUUGGGGAAACAAGGGGAGAAAAAAUGCCCCAUAGAAACUAGAAUUGUCCGUUCUGAAUUUCUACCUUGGGCUGAUAGUGAUACUGACACUGUCAACUCCUUUUCUAGGUAUUAUAAGAAAAUGAGUUGCAGGCAGGAAACUGAAACACAGCAUUACAUCAAAAUCUGACAGUCGCCCGAUUCAUCAGGACUUGAAUAUCAUUAGCCUUUUAAUGUGGAAGGGGACGUCUUCUGUCUGUAGAAAAUCAUUUGAGAAAAAUAAGUGUGAUUGAAAAAACACUGAGACACACACACCCGAGUGAGGGUGUUCCAGUGCACUGACUGUGGAAAGAGUUUUAACCAGUUACACAGCCUGAAAAAAGCAUCACACCAUUCACAGCAGGGAGAAACUGUACACGUGUUCUGUGUGUGGACAAGGCUUCAACUGAUCAUCCAACCUUAGAGAGGCAUAAGGACACCGGCAUCAUGGAGAAACCGUGGAAAUGUGGGGACUGUGGGAAGGGAUUCAGGUCCCCGUCUGUGCUGGAAAUUCAUCGACGCAGUCACACUGGUGAGAAACCGUUCAUCUGCUCCGAGUGUGGAAAAGGAUUCGCUCAGUCAUCUAGCUUACGCAAGCACCAGAGAACUCAUACCGGGAAAAGACCGUUCACCUGCUCUGAGUGUGGGAAGAGAUUCACUCAACAAACCCACCUCACAACACACCAACUUGUUCACUCUGACAUGAGACCUUUCAAAUGUUCUGCCUGUGAGAAGAGCUUUAAAAGCAAAAAAAAUCUGCUGAUACACCAGCGAGUUCACACUGGGGAGAGGCCGUUCACCUGCUCUGCAUGUGGGAAGGGAUUCACUCAGUUAUCCAGCCUUCUGACCCACCAGCGAGUUCACACUGGGGAGAAACCAUUUGCCUGCCCUGAAUGUGGGAUGGCAUUCACUCAGUUGUGCAACCUGUUGGAUCAUCAGAGAGUUCACACUGGGGAGAGGCCGUUCACCUGCUCUGUGUGUGGGAAAGGAUUUGCUCAGUCAUCCACCUUGCUGAGACACCAGCGCAUUCACACCGGGGUGAAACCGUUCACCUGCUCUGAGUGUGGGAAGGGAUUCACUCAGCUUACCCACCUCACUUCACACCAACGUGUUCACUCUGACAUGAGACCUUUUGAAUGUUCCGACUGUGAGAAAAGCUUCAAAGGCAAAAUGGAUCUGCUGACUCACCAGCGCACUCACACAGGAGAGAGGCCAUUCACUUGCUCCGUGUGUGGGAAGGGAUUCACUCAGCAUUCCCUCAGGCUGAAACACCAGCGCGUUCACACCAGGGAGAGACCGUUCACCUGCUCCAUGUGUGGGAAGGGAUUCUCUCGUUCAUCCACCCUGCAGACACACCAGCGACGAGUUCACACUGGGGAGAGGCCGUUCACCUGCUCUGAGUGUGGGAAGGGGUUCACUAAGUUAUCCACCCUGCUGCAACAUCGACAAGUUCACACCGACGAGAGGCCUUUCAAAUGUCCAGACUGCGGGAAGUGCUAUAAAAGUCCCCGGGAACUGACUGGCCAUCAACGUGUCCACACUGACGAGAGACCGUUCAGGUGCUCUCACUGUGGGUCUGGGUUCAAGACAUUAUCUGUCCUCACUGUGCACCAGCGAAUUCACACUGGGGAGAGGCCGUUCACCUGCACCAAGUGUGGGAAGGGAUUUGCUCACUCAUCCCACCUGCUGACACACCAGCGAGUUCACACUGGGGAGAGACCUUUUAAGUGCCCAGACUGCGGGAAAUGCUGCAAAAGUUCCAGCGAACUGAUGUUUCAUCAACGUGUUCACACUGGCGAGAGGCCAUUCAGGUGCUCUCACUGCGGGACUGGGUUCAGGCGAUCAUCCGAUCUGAUUGUCCACCAGCGCGUUCACACUGCAGAGAGGCCAUUCACCUGCUCUGAGUGUGGGAAGGGAUUCACUCGGUCAUCCACUCUGCUGGAACACCAGCGAGCUCACACUGGGGAGAGGCCGUUCACCUGCCCCGACUGUGGGAAGGGAUUCGCUCGGUCAUCCCACCUGCUGACACACCAGCGCACUCACACUGGGGAGAGGCCGUUCAUCUGCCCUGUGUGUGGGAAGGGGUUCGGUCAGUCAUCCCACUUGCUGACACAUCAGCGAAUUCACUCUGGGGAGCGGCCGUUCACCUGUUCUGAGUGUGGGAAGGGAUUCACACAAUCAUCCAACCUGCUGCUACACCAGCGAGUUCACAAGUAACAAUAAUGAUUGGAAUUUUCUGUUAAUCAUAUUUGGGGUGGACCUUUGUUCAUUGGGGUCUCUUUCUGCUGAUGUCUAUAAACUCCAGGAUAAAAGCAAGAUGCUGCGGAUGCUGGCAAUACAAAAGAUAAACAGAAAAUGCUGAAAAAAGUCAGCCGGUCUGGCAGCAUCUUUGGAAACAGAGUUAACGUUACAAGUCCCAUAUGACUCUUCUUCAGAG